AUGGCUGUGCUGGAAGACAACAGUGUCCAUGCGAUUCAGUUCACCGUCCUCUUCAAUGGUGCGCUCUUGCUCAUUUUCCUGGUCAUCUUUGAAGUCUCCCGGACAGAACUUGAGGUCUUGCUGAGAAAGCCUGGUACCAGACAUCAAUUGGCUCCCAAACUUCCGGCACCCGAAAGCGUGGGCGUCCUUUGGACCCGAUGUCCACAGCUCUUGGUGGGAGGCUUCAUCGCCUGGGCGACGGAGCUGGCGGAAGCGGAGGCGGAACCGGAGCUGGGUUUGGACGCGCAGGUCUUAAUUCGUUUCUGCCAACUGGGAUUGAACUUCAGCCUCGUGGGCACCGCUUUGUCUUUGAUCCUUCUGCCGAUGUAUGCCACGGGUCCUGGUGGUGCGCCUGGCUUCAAUAUACUGUGCCUGUCGAAUUUACAAGUCAAUGGCUCUACACGUUUUUGGUGUGUAGUCCUGGCAGCCUACAUCUUAACCUCUGCCUCCAGUUAUUUGGUGCUUGCUGAGUGGCACACCUUCGCCCGAAUGCGACGAAGGCACUUCGCGGCUGCAGCCUCUGGUAGGUCCGGGCCUGUUGCAGCCCAAGCCUGCAGAACCCUUUUGGUCCAGGAAGUGCCUUUGAGACAGUUCUCAGAGGAGGAGAUCAGUGCGUUUUUCGAGAAGAUUUAUGGUCCAGGCUCAGUCUACAGCUGUGCUUGCGUGGGAGAAUCAGAGACUCAGAUGACUCAGUCCAUAGAACUCCCUUCAGUGCACCUCAUCCAGAUGAACAUCUCUGCAUCUGCAUUUGUGACGCUAAAGUCGGCGGAGCAUUGUGCUGUAGCCCAGCAAGUGAUUUUGAGCCAUGAUCCAGGCUGGAAGGUGAGUGGGGCCCCAGAGCCUCGGGACUUAGUGUGGAGGAAUGUGAAAAAACCACUGAGACUGACAGAGAUGCAUCACAAGGCGGGUUUGGCUCUGAGCAUUCUGGGCAUCUUGUUUUGGUCAGUUCCAGUGACUUUGAUCCAAGCCUGGGCCAAUAUUGGCACACUCUCGCGGUGGAUUCCAGCUGUGGUGAAAUUGAACGAAGUGUCACCCACCUUCUAUUCCUUCUUGACCAGCUAUUUACCCGUGCUCGCCUUGAUGGGUUUGCAAGCCUUAUUGCCUCAAUUCUUUCAGGCGAUGGCUAUGGCCGAGGGCCACCGAACGAAAAGUGCCAUCCAACGAGUGGUCUUGAACCGAUGCUUUUCCUAUCAGAUGGCUUCAUUGUAUGUGACCGUUUUGUCCGGAUCCUUGUGGGAUUCUCUCCAACAGAUUCUGGAUCAUCCGCAAGAAGUGCUGGACAUUUUGGCACAUUCCUUGCCCAAAGCCAACGUUUAUUUCCUCUCAUUUGUCAUGGCUAGAGCAUGUACGGGCAUUCCAUUUUUACUCUUGCACUGGCAGUUCUUUUGUGCCAAGUGUGCUCCCCAAGAGCAGAUACACAGUGCCUAUGGAUAUGAGGCAGCCAACCUGGCGUUGGUGUUUGUCAUCGGGCUAACGUACUCGUUCAUCGCUCCUGCCAUUCUUCCUGUUUGUGCACUUUAUUUUGCCUUUGCCACGCUCUCCUACCGGUGGCUCUUCAAGCACGUUUAUGACGAAGAGUUUGACAGUGGGGGUCAGUUUUGGUACGACCUCUUCAACUGCGUCUUCGUCGGGUUGCUGCUCAGCACGCUAUCUUUAUUGGGAUUGGCCGCGCUCUAUGGUUCAUCCUUGCAGGUGUUUGCUUUGAGCCCCCCUGCCAUUCUUGGUGAUGUACCUGGCUUUCCGUGGUUGGAGAAAUGGCUGGAAAUCGCGGUGGACUUCCCUGGAAGAUGCCAUCAAUGCGGAAGAGGGUGGAGUGUCCACCUUCAAGACAGAUCUUUAUGCUGA